AUGGGGACCGAACGAACCGAAGUGGAAGUGCCGAUCGAGAGUUCGAAAGGACGUUACGAAGAUUUCCGCCGAGGUCUGACUCUCGCCGGGGACUGCGGUUCCACCUUCGAGAAACCUCCCUGGUUCGUUCCCGAACUCUAUGAACACGGCAGGAAAGUGCUCUGGGACAACUUGUUCGUAGCCCUGUGGUGUCACCUGGCUGGCUUGAUAAUUGGUGUCACGAGUUUCAAACCCUACACAGUUCUCCUGAACAAUGGCAAUCACUUCAGUCUGCGCGCAUUGGCUUGUCGUUACGUGUCGACCACGAGAGCAGUACUCAGCUGGUACCGCAGUGAUGUCUUCGAUCCCAGGUCUGAAGGUCACAAGAGUGUGCGUCGGGUGCGCGCGAUGCAUUUGGCUGCCGAUCGAUACAUGCAGAAAUUGGAGCCGCUCGAAAACGGGGAGCAAUGGAUCAGUCAGUAUUGGAUGGGAGCCACGCAGACUGCAUUCAUACAACUCAUGAUCACGCAUCCGGAGAAACUCGGGCUGCGCCAUCUCUCCGACAAAGACUUAGAGAGCAUCAUCCACUACUGGAGAUGCAUCGGUUACCUCCUCGGUAUUUCCGAUGACUUCAACGUUUGCUCUGGAAGUCUCGAUGAAUUUAGGAAAUUCACGGAAGAAUUGAUUCGACACGAAGUCCAUCCUUCGAUGCUGACAGCACACAAGGGUCAGAUGAAGCUCAGCGAGAGCAUCAUCGAGGCUCUGCUCGCGGUCGCGCCGAGUCGCUACAUCAAACUCACCUAUCCCGCUUUCAUCGCAUUCUUUGCGCAAGUCCUCGGCGUCCACUACGACCGAGAGCUGAAGAGGAAGGACCGCUUUUGCCUAUGGAUUCUCACGACCCUUUUCGAGGGACGUAUCCUAUCGUACAGAGUCAUGAGAUGGCUCAUUCGGAAACGGAUACUCGACCGACUGGACACCGCCUCGAAGGCAGACACCUCGAAGAUAUGCGAUGAACUGAUCGACGAUCUCGAUUCCAAGGAAGCACCGAGCUGUCCCUUUGUGCGAAAAAAUAAAAUAGUCAGCAUUGAAGUCAGCCCGCCGCGCGGCGAACUCCUUCUAGAAAGUUCCCGACCUCGAGAGUCCGGAGCAGGAGCACUACGAUAUCGAAGGAAACUUAUCGGACGAGUUAGAUAA